CAAUUGUUUUUGAAUCGCGACACCAACGUAGUCGCGUUAUCUAAUCUCAAAUAAAUGUAAUAAACGUUGAAGAAGAGUUGCCUACCUUUAUAAAAUCUAAGUGUAUCGGCAUAUGGCGAUGGUAUAAACUGUGCGACGCUUUGUUAGUUACAUUCGUGGGAUUAAUUACAAAGCAUUUGUUGUUAUAACUUGUCGUAAUGACGUAAUCUAAGCAUCAGCAUGGCACGCUUCAAAGUACCAGGAUCUCUCACCAUCAUCGUAAUGGUUGUCUUCACCCUGUUAGUUAUUAUUUAUCACAUACUAAGCGACGAUGUCGAAGACGUAUCCGCCGGCAAGGUUAACGUCGGGCUCAAAGUCGAGGGCGCCUAUCACCUCAACGAUUUAAACGAAAGUCCUUUUGGCUUUGCUCGACAUCAGCAACUUGGGGCAGAUAUAUUGACCAACGCUAAGAGCAGGCUGUCUCCCGCAUAUUUUAAACAUGAACAAAGCUACGAUGAGAGUGUGCCUCUAUUCAAGGGACACAAAAUCGUUCACCUGGAUUUGAAGGGUGCUCCGCCUAUGAUAAAGUAUUACAAAUAUUUAUUCCCAUUGUUGCAUAAACUGGGGGCUACUGGUAUUUUGAUCGAGUACGAAGACAUGUUUCCAUUCAACGGUGAAGUCAAGGAUAUCAGAGCCUUGAAUUCUUACAGUCGUCAAGAUAUUGCAGAGAUCUUAAAACUCGCAAAGAUCAAUGAUCUAGAAAUUAUACCGCUGGUACCAACUUUUGGACACUUUGAGUUUGUACUAAAAUUGGAGAAAUACAAGGAUCUUCGAGAAGUUGCUCGCUAUCCUCAAGUACUCUGUCCGUCGCACAACAAAACACUUCCUCUUCUUUACGAAAUGCUGGACCAAGUUAUUGACGCUCAUCCAAAUAUCAAGCAUUUUCAUAUCGGAGCUGACGAAGUUUAUCAACUCGGUGAAUGCUCCAGAUGCUUUGAGGUUUUGGAGAGAAAUAAGUGGCAUAAACAGCAGUUGUUUCUUUCCCAUGUGGUAAGAGUGGCAACCUAUAUUAAAAAAAAGUAUCCUUCGCUCAAGGUGUUGAUGUGGGAUGACGAAUUCAGGGAUAUCUCAGCUCAGGAAAUUACUGAUAGUGGGUUGAACAAACUGAUAGAGCCUGUUGUCUGGAAAUAUACUACAGACCCGGAAGCAACACUGAUAGAGAAUAUGUGGGAAACCUAUUCCAAACUUUGGCCCGAAAGUGUAUGGAUCGCGACGGCAUUCAAGGGUGCGACAGCACCGGAUCGUUAUUAUACAGACAUUUCUUAUCAUUUGAGAAAUCACGAGGGCUGGCUGCAAAUCAUUCGCAAAUACUCUUCCAUGAUUAAAUUUAAGGGGGCCUUUUUGACCGGAUGGCAAAGAUACGACCAUUUUAGUGUUCUCUGCGAUUUGCUUCCUCCCGCUAUUCCAUCUCUGGCUGUGAGUUUGGCAGUUUUAAAAUCAUCAACCCUGUACGAUUUUCCGUACGAUGUUCCGAGUAAUAUAUUGAAAAUCCUUAGUUGCGAAACGCCGGUAACUUUGUCAAUACCUGAGCCACAAUUUGGGUGGACAUAUUGUGGCUUUCAUGGGUCAAUGAUGUAUUCCAUCAUUUUACGAUUACAUACACUAAACCAAGAAAUUGCCAGAGUAGAACAGGACAAUACAUUCAAGGGGUGGGUAAAGGAGUAUAAUUUGAACCACGCAUUUUCCAAUCCUAGUCACAUAGAACAUGCAUUGAGUAGCUUAAGCGAGUAUAAAAAUGAAAUAAUAUACAUUGAGACAGACAUGCGAAAGGCGAUGGAAGACAUCUAUGAUAAUUAUACAAUUGAUGAGUGGAUUGAAACUUAUGUAGAACCUUUGAAUGAAAAGUUAACUAGACUCUUGACACUUAAGAAUAGAAUAUUAGAACGUGAUACUUGGCCGAGAAGACCAUUAACGAAGCAUGAGCUUUGAAACGAAUUCAUCAUUAGCGUUGGAUUGAUUCUACUUCAGUUUCUUCGUUAUAAUUUUAUGACAAAAACAUGCCUAUAAUCGUUAAAGAACACUACUUAUCGUCCUUAUUAUCGUAUGAGUAUAUUACAUAGUCUGUUAGAGUCAAGAUAUAGAGACGUGUAGAGGGUCGUUUAUUUUUGAUGAAUCAAGGCACUUCACAUAUAAUUGGAGUAUGUAUCUAUUAAUCUCACGUUACACAUAGUUUUUGAAUAUUUCAUACUGGAAAAGUGUAUCAGACAUCAUGUUCUGCGGUAUAGAUUUGAUCUGAAAACGUUUUCAACCGUUG